GGCGGAGCAGCAUCCGUCUUUUCGGCUUUCGGCUCGGAGGAGGCAACGGUGCAACUUUCUUCGGUCGUCCCGAAUCCGGGUUCAUCCGACACCAGCCGCCUCCACCAUGCCGCCCAAGUUCGACCCCAACGAGGUCAAAGUCGUGUACCUGAGGUGCACCGGAGGCGAGGUCGGCGCCACAUCCGCCUUGGCCCCGAAGAUCGGUCCUCUGGGUCUGUCCCCGAAGAAAGUUGGCGAUGACAUUGCCAAGGCUACCGGUGACUGGAAAGGUCUCAGAAUUACAGUGAAACUGACCAUCCAGAACAGACAGGCCCAGAUCGAGGUGGUGCCCUCUGCCUCUGCCCUGAUUAUCAAAGCCCUCAAAGAGCCGCCGAGAGACAGGAAGAAGCAGAAGAACAUUAAACACAGUGGGAACAUCACUUUUGAUGAGAUUGUCAACAUUGCCCGGCAGAUGAGACACCGGUCUUUGGCUAGAGAACUUUCUGGAACUAUCAAGGAGAUCCUGGGUACCGCACAGUCUGUGGGCUGCAAUGUGGACGGCCGCCACCCUCAUGACAUCAUAGAUGACAUCAACAGUGGUGCAGUGGAGUGCCCAGCUAGUUAAGAAGCAAAAAGAAAAUAUUUCAAUAAAAGACUAUCUGAUAACCAGUGAA